CUCGUCUCUUUCUCACUUCGACUGAGCCGAAGCGCUCCAUUUUUACUCGCAAACCAGUGACUGCUAAAAAAAAAACAAUAAUAAUGUUGGCUCUAUCAUCAUUCAAGUCUCGCGUCAAGUCCCUAACCCAAACCCUAAUAGCCAUAAACCAGUCCCAACCUGAAUCCCGAAUUCUGCCUCCAAUUUCAAUUAUCUCUUCUCCAUAUUCCUCAAAGGAGGAGAAGGACAAGGACAAUUACAGUGUCGUAUCGCUCUACAACAGAGACCCAACAAGCCCACCUCGCCUCUUCGUGGUCCAGCCUCGCCUCCGUCCCGAUAAUUUUCUCCAAGCCAAGCUCAACGAGGCGCUCUGCCUCGCCAAUUCCUUGGAGGAGCAACGCGAUGGCUUCUUUGAUUCCGAUUUCUUCGAUAAGGCCUUGCCUCCUUAUAUCGUCGUUCAAAACCCAAUUCUUCGAUCCUCCAGAGCUCGCGCAGACACAUAUUUUGGGCCAGGAACAGUGGACACCAUUAAGUGCCAUAUAAAUGCUUCAGAGUCUAAGGGUGAAGUAGACGCGGUGUUCGUAAAUUCUAUUCUUAGUGGGAUUCAGCAACGAAAUUUGGAGCGUGCAUGGGGAAAGCCCGUGUUGGACCGGGUUGGCCUUAUAAUAGAGAUUUUUAAUGCUCAUGCCCACACAAAGGAGGCCAAGCUACAGUCUGAAUUGGCUGCUCUUAUGUAUAAGAAGAGUAGGCUUGUUCGUGUACGAGGCCCUGAUGGACGCUAUGGUUUUGGAACAGCUGGCGAAGCUGAAGUUGUUAGUGCCCGAGGGAGGGGAAGUGGAGGACGUGGCUUUAUCAGUGGCGCUGGAGAAACUGAACUCCAACUUCAACGGCGAAGAAUAUUAGAGAGGCGCAACCAUUUGUUAUCUCAAAUUGAAGAGGUUCGACGUACUCGAGCUUUGCAACGUGUUGCUCGCAAGAGGCACGGUGGUUUAGACAAUAAAGCUCUAGCCACUGUUGCUGUUGUAGGAUACACAAAUGCUGGAAAGUCUACACUGGUUAGUGCACUCUCAGAGAGUGAUCUUUACAGUGAUUCUCGAUUGUUUGCAACAUUGGAUCCAAGAUUGAAAAGUGUUAUUCUUCCUUCAGGGAGGAAAGUGCUUCUUAGUGAUACUGUAGGAUUUAUAUCAGAUUUGCCUGUGCAGUUAGUGAAAGCAUUUCAUGCAACCUUGGAAGAAGUAGUGGAAGCAGACCUUCUACUGCACGUAAUAGACUGCACUGCUCCUAAUCUUGAUGAACAUCGCACGACUGUGUUGCAAGUUCUUCAGCAAAUAGGAGUUUCAGAAGAGAAGCUUCAGAGUAUGAUUGAAGUCUGGAAUAAGAUUGAUUAUGAAGAGGAGGAAAUGGGUGCUGAUGAAUCUCUAGAUGCUAGCAGCUGGUCCACUGAUGAAGAUGAUAAUGCAUCUGAGAUAUCAUCAGAAGCAAAAGAUGACAAAGCCAAUAUUUCUUCAGGAGUAAAAGAUGGUGAAGGGGAUAUUGAAGAGAUCAUAGAUGAAGACCAAGGUGAUUACUCUGAUGGCUGGCUGUUGUCAGAAAAUGACCAAGAGAUGGUGAAUGACCAAUGGUUGAAGAGUCUGGAUGACCAACAAGGUGAGACGUUAAAUGACUCGGGAAUAGAAAAAGAUUUGCAACCCCAAGCUCAGCAUGGUCCCCAUCUGAAAAUAUCAGCCAUAACUGGAGUUGGCUUGCAAGAAUUGCUGGAACUCAUUGAUGAAAGGCUGAAGACGCAAGAUGAGACAUUGAAGACCCAGAAUGUAGUGGAAAGGGGUUUCUUUGAUAGAAAAUGGAGACCUUCACAUACAGAUGAUGCUGGUGUGGCAGUCCAACAGUAACAAACAUGUAUGGUCUAGUUAUCUUUGUUCUUGUUUGAAGAACGUGGAAGCCUGAUGAAAGGUUUGAGGGCAUAUACAUAUUGAGGAAUGCUUCUUGCUAAAUCUUUGUUCUCUUGUAGCAUACAGCCUCAUAAGAUAGAAAUGUAUCCUUGAAGGAAGAUAGAAAUUGCUGAAGCCUGUGAAGGUUGUGAAAGAUUUAGAUGCAAGAAUGAGGCUCGGUCAAUCAUUCUGAGAUGAAAUAGAGGAGCUUUGAAGAAAAAUAAUGGUUGCAGAUGUGUAUAUACUGCUGCAGAAGCUACAUGAUCAGGAACAUUAGUAUCUCAGACUGAUAAAAUGCAAAAUUCUGAUUCUCUCCUCUCUUCUGUUUGGCCAUGGCGAGUUGUAACUCGUGGGAAUUCUCUUGGAAAUGAAGGGAGAAUGGGCGUUAGAUCCCCAGCAUUGUUGAAAAGGAAUGAGUUUGUUCUGCCCUGAAUGAGGGGAGUAGAAAGUAGAAGUUUUGAAUCCUGUUUUACUAGCUAUUUAUUUCUCCUUGGGCAUGGAUAGACAUGUUUAUGGAGAUUUUGAGAUACAGUUAGGCUUUCAUUUUGGUUAGCUUACAUAUUAUACAUUUGUUUCGUUAUUUUGGUAGCACAGUUUGAAAACAAAUUUGGGGUUUUUUAACAAUAAAAGAAAUAGUAAUAUAAUAUUUUAAAGAGAGAAA